UCUGCCGGUGAGCGCCAGAAAACACGGUUCAUCGCAAGCGCCAUCCUCGGAUCUCGAUCACGGAAUCGAGCGAUUCUUUGGGGUGCCUUUGAAUCACGGAGACCACCUUCAAUCACAAUUGCUUGACCUUCUUUUUCUUUUUUUCUAGCUUUUCUCCUUUCUUCAUCCCUUCCAUCUCUCUGAUCGCCCGCUGAAGAAGAUCUCGCCUCAUCCACUUGCUUUCCUUCAAUUCCUCGACUCAAAUCUCGCGGUUGAGGAAAAGAGGAAGCAGGUUAGCUGAUUUGGCAACGUUCGUGUUGUCAAUUUUGAGGAUCAAUCUUGCGAAUUGAUGACAUUAGGGGUAGUCCUUUGGUGGCUUCUAAUUGUUAUUAAUGCGAUCCAUAUAAUGAUCUCUACCCCGUCGUUGUCAACCUCGAGUAGAUUACAAUCAAUGCGUUGGUUCAAGGUGCGUUAGGAAUAGGAUGUUGAUUUGGGAUCAGAAAUGGGGUCUGAAGAUUUCCAUAAGUGGUUCAUUGAAAAGAUUGACACUGGAGCAGGAAGCUUUCUUCAUGAGUUUUAAUGGCGCCUGCAUUCUUCAGCAAAAGCGUAUUCAUCAAUGGCUUACUUUGGACUAUGACAUGUGUAUGACCUAGAAUGUGUGACUUUUUGUCUAUUACCUUGGCGUGAAGACGGUCCUUGCAACCAUUUCUCAUAGCUUGAGAAUUCUAUCUGCAUUGAUGGCUGAUUUUCUCCAUCUACCCAAAACUGGUAGCUCCAACGAGGUUGUGAUCUUGCAUGGAGAUCUUGAGUUAUGGAUCUUAGAGGCUCAUUCGUUACCAAAUAUGGACCUGGCCUCAGAAAGAAUGAGGAGGUGUUUCUCCGUCUUUGGUGGCUGUACCUGUACAUCAGCAAUGCAGAAAGAAGACCAUAACGGUGGAUAUAAGAGUAUAACGAGUGAUCCUUAUGUAUCUGUUUGCGUGGCAGGAGCAACUGUUGCCCAAACUAGAGUCAUCAGUAAUUGCGAGAAUCCUAAGUGGGAUGAGCAUUUCCAGGUCCCUGUAGCUCACCCUGUAUCAAGCAUAGAGUUCCAAGUAAAAGAUAAUGAUAUUCUUGGUGCGGAGCUUAUUGGGGUGGUUAUAGUACCUGUUCAGAAGGUUAUGACUGGGGAUAGAAUCUCUGGAUGGUUUCCAGUGGUUGGCCCGAAUGGCAACCUUAUGAAGUCAGGUCCCGAGUUACAUAUUUCUGUGCAGUUUACUCCAGUAAAUAGCACUCCUGCCAAUAAAGAUGGAGAAGGUUCUCUUACAGAGCAUUGGACUGUCAAUGCAUAUUUCCCACUGCGUAACUGUGGGAAGGUCACCCUUUAUCAGGAUGCUCAUGUUCCUGAUGGUUUUCUUCCUGAAAUCCCAUUAGAUGGGGGCAAAGUAUUUCAGAACAAUAAAUGUUGGGAAGACAUAUGCCAUGCUAUAUUGGAGGCACAUCACUUGGUCUACAUUGUCGGUUGGUCUGUGUUUCACAAAGUAAAGCUUGUGAGGGAGCCGACGAAGCCUUUGCCUAAUGGAGGUGAACUACACUUGGGUGAUUUGCUGAAGUUCAAGUCUCAGGAGGGUGUCCGUGUUGCAAUGCUGAUAUGGGAUGAUAAAACCUCACAUGAUAACUUUCUCUUGAAAACGGAAGGUGUUAUGCAAACACAUGAUGAGGAAACCCGAAAGUUUUUUAGGCACUCAACUGUUCAUUGCGUGCUGUGCCCUCGCUAUGCCAGUCAAAAGCUCAGCAUUUUCAAGCAAAAGGUUGUGGGGACUCUUUUCACACACCAUCAGAAAUGUGUGAUAGUCGAUAGCCAGGCUUCUGGAGGCAAAAGGAAAAUAACUGCCUUUGUAGGUGGUCUCGAUCUUUGUGAUGGCCGCUAUGAUACCCCAGAGCACAGGCUGUUCUGCAAUCUUGAAGAUAUUUUUGCAGAUGACUACCACAAUCCUACAUUUCCAGUUGGCGCACAAUCACCAAGACAACCAUGGCAUGAUUUACACUGCAAAAUUGAAGGACCUGCAGCAUAUGAUGUACUAACCAAUUUUGAACAGAGAUGGAGAAAAGCUACAAAAUGGAAGCAAAGAUUUCAAAAAGUCACUCAUUGGCAUGACGAUGUCUUGAUAAGGCUUGAUCGCAUGUCAUGGAUACUUAAGCCUUCCUCUGUAACUCCUGGAGAUGAUUCUGAUUUCCAAGCCUCCGAGGAAGAUGAUUCGGAAAAUUGGCAUGUGCAGGUAUUUCGAUCAAUUGAUUCAGGUUCUGUGAAAGGCUUCCCAAAACUUGUCCAUGAAGCUGAAGCACAGAAUCUAGUCUGUGGGAAAAACCUUAAAAUUGAUAAGAGCAUACACAGUGCAUACAUCAAUGCAAUUAGAUCUGCAAAGCGCUUCAUCUAUAUAGAGAAUCAGUAUUUUCUGGGAUCUUCUUAUUGCUGGCCAUCUUAUAAAAAUGCAGGUGCGGAUAAUUUAGUACCGAUGGAACUUGCAUUGAAAAUUGUGGAAAAGAUUGAGGCAAAUGAAAGAUUUUGCGUGUACAUAGUAAUGCCAAUGUGGCCUGAAGGAAUUCCAAGUAGUGCUGCAGUUCAGGAGAUUUUGUAUUGGCAGGGUCAAACAAUGCAGAUGAUGUAUGGGCUCAUUGCAAAUGCACUUGCUAAAGUCAGGGGUUCAAAUGACAGGCACCCUCAGGAUUAUUUGAACUUUUACUGCCUAGGAAAACGUGAAAUAGGACAAGGUUCACAUUUAAAUGGUCAACAUGACACUACUCCCUUGGGUCUAGCCCAGAAAUUCCGCAGAUUUAUGAUUUAUGUUCAUUCCAAAGGGAUGGUAGUAGAUGAUGAAUACAUAAUACUAGGGUCUGCAAAUAUCAACCAACGGUCUUUGGAUGGUUCAAGAGACACUGAGAUUGCAAUAGGUGCAUAUCAACCACAUCAUAGCCGAGCUAAAAAGCAGAGUCAUCCUCAUGGACAGGUUUAUGGGUACAGGAUGUCACUUUGGGCAGAACACCUAGGUCAGUUGGAGGACUGUUUCUCCAGGCCACAGAGUCUUGAAUGUGUUGAAUGUGUUAAUAAGUUAGCCGAAAACAAUUGGCGAGCGUAUGUUGGGGAAGAAAUGAGGAGCAUGAAAGGGCACCUGCUAAAGUACCCAAUUAAGGUUGGAAAGGAUGGCCAUGUUGGGCCAUUGCCUGGGUACGAGUGCUUUCCAGAUGUGGGUGGUAAGGUUCUUGGUGCAUAUUCAUCUCUUCCUGAUGUUCUCACCACCUAGACAUACGCUGAUUAAGGAAGAAAAAAACUAUUUUUAGGCUUGGAAAGAGCAAACGUCCCCUACCAAAUGAACUGUAACAGAAUCUCUUACUGAAAAAUGCAUAAGCUGACUAAAACUUGUCCAGAUCAUGGCAGCUAUACUGGAUAGACCUGCAGAAGCGGGAGAACACAUUCUCUUGUUUGAUUAUUUCGUAAGUCAAAUGACUUCUCAGAACGAAUGCUCCAUCUCCACCAUGUCAUAGCACCGUGGAUACUGGACACAGCAGAUGAGCAGAUGCAUCGUGUGCACAGGGAAACCUGCAUUGGACAUGGUAGACUAUAUGCACGACUUCAUUUUGUAUAUUUUGGUAAUGAAUUGUAAUUACAUUUUCAUUCCAGAAUUUAUCAUCAAUUCUGUAUAGAAUUAAUCAUUUGAAUUUCAUUAAACAUAAUAUGUC